UGGGCUCCGGCCCUCGCCGGGACUCUCGGACGCGGGGCCCAGGAAACUCCCUGGGCCCCAGCGGCGCGCCCGGGAGCAGCACCGCCUCGGGGGCAGUAGGCCUGGCGGCCGCCCCCGCAUUCCCGCCAACGCCGCCCGGCAGCGCCCGGAGCCGGCCCCGCCGCUGCCGCCCCAUUCCCGGCCCAAGAGCUGGCCUAGGGAGACGCAAUCGAGCCCGCAGCGCAUCGAUGCGCCGCCGCCCGCGCCUCUCCAGCUCCCGCUCAGUCGGCGCCGCUGGGGGGUCGUCCCAGUGAGCUCCGGCCCACCAGCGCCCUAGCGGCCGCCCCUUGCCUGUUGCCGACGCCGCCGCUCCAGCCGCGCAGCGGGCAUAAGACUGGACCGCCGAGCCCCGGGCCGCGGCGGCGGCGGCUGAGCGCCCCCUCCGAUGUCGUGACCCCCUGCCCGGGGGCGGGGGCCGGGGCUUCACCGGCCGGGGCCGCUCCCGCGCUCUUCCUCCCACCCCUCUGCCCGCCUUCUCCCCCUCUCCCCGCCCCCCGGCCCUGAACCCCGCGCACCUCGUCUGGGGACGGGGCGGGGGGGGGCAGGGCCGCUGCUCCUCCCCGCCCCCUCCUCCUCCGGCCUCUGGAGCGAUUUGUCAAACUUCCCAAUCCGCCGGCAGCGCGGUCCUCCUCCUCCUCCUCCUUCACCACCUCCUCCUCCUCCUCCUCUGCCUCCUCCUCCCCCCGCGCUCCUCCCUCCCCGCGCCUCCCUCGCCCGCCCUCCUUCUUCCCUCCGCACGUUCGGGGAUCGCGGCGGAGCGCGGAGCGGGGGGGACGCGGAGAGCCGGGGCUCAGCAGCAUCCUGCGGGCGGCCGCUCUCCGGGGGGGAGGCUGAGAGCCGGCCCGCCUCGCCCCCCCGCGGGCCCGCCGCCCCUCCCUCCCUCUCCUCAGCCCGGCAGCGGCGGCGGCGGCGGCGGCAGCGGCAGUCGCCGGAGGAGCAUCAUGCCGAGGAGGAAGCAGCAGGCGCCCCGGCGCGCAGCAGCCUAUGUUUCAGAUGAGUUAAAGGCUGCCGCCCUGGUAGACGAAGAUAUAGACCCAGAGGAGAGCCUGGCAGAUGGGGAGCCCUCGGCUAAGUACAUGUGCCCAGAAAAGGAGCUCAGCAAGACCUGCCCCAGCUACCAGAACUCCCCAGCGGCAGAGUUUUCCAGCCACGAGAUGGACAGUGAGUCCCACAUCAGUGAGACUAGUGACCGGAUGGCCGACUUUGAAAGUGGCUCCAUCAAGAACGAAGAGGAGACCAAGGAGGUGGCGGUCCCACCGGAAGACACGACCGUGUCGGACAGCCUGGAGCAGAUGAAGGCCGUGUACAACAACUUCCUCUCCAACUCGUACUGGUCCAGCCUCACCCUCAACCUGCAUCAGCCGUCCUCGGAGAAGAACAACGGGAGCAGCAGCAGCAGCAGCAGUAGCAGCAGCAGCUGCGGCAGCGGGAGCUUCGACUGGCACCAGAGCGCCAUGGCCAAGACCCUGCAGCAGGUGUCCCAGAGCCGCAUGCUGCCCGAGCCCAGCCUGUUCAGCACCGUGCAGCUGUACCGGCAGAGCAGCAAGCUCUACGGCUCCAUCUUCACAGGGGCCAGCAAGUUCCGCUGCAAAGACUGCAGCGCCGCCUACGACACCCUGGUGGAGUUGACGGUGCACAUGAACGAGACGGGGCACUACCGCGACGACAACCACGAGACUGACAACAACAACCCCAAGCGCUGGUCCAAGCCCCGCAAACGCUCGCUGCUGGAAAUGGAAGGGAAGGAGGACGCCCAGAAGGUGUUGAAGUGCAUGUACUGUGGCCACUCGUUCGAGUCCCUCCAGGACUUGAGUGUCCAUAUGAUCAAAACGAAACACUACCAAAAAGUGCCUCUGAAGGAACCUGUCACUCCCGUCACCGCCAAAAUCAUCCCUGCCACUCGCAAGAAGCCCUCGCUGGAGCUGGAGCUCCCCAGCUCCCCGGACUCCACCGGCGGCACCCCCAAAGCUGCCAUGGCGGACACGAACGACGUGCUUCAGAAGAACUCCAACCCAUACAUCACGCCAAAUAACCGCUACGGCCACCAGAACGGGGCCAGCUACGCCUGGCACUUCGAGGCCCGCAAGUCCCAGAUCCUCAAGUGCAUGGAGUGCGGCAGCUCACACGACACACUGCAGGAGCUCACGGCCCACAUGAUGGUGACUGGCCACUUCAUCAAGGUCACCAACUCGGCCAUGAAGAAGGGGAAGCCCAUCAUGGAGACGCCUGUCACGCCCAGCAUCACCACCCUGCUGGAUGAGAAGGUGCAAUCCGUGCCCCUGGCCGCCACCACCUUCACGUCCCCCUCCAACACGCCCGCCAGCGUCUCCCCGAAACUGAACGUGGAGGUCAAGAAGGAGGCCGACAAAGAGAAAGCGGUCACCGACGAGAAGCCUAAGGAAAAGGAGAAGGCCUGUGAGGAGGAGGAGAAGUACGACAUCUCUUCCAAGUACCACUAUUUGACUGAGAACGACUUAGAAGAGAGUCCCAAGGGGGGGCUUGAUAUCCUCAAGUCCCUAGAAAACACAGUGACGUCUGCCAUCAAUAAGGCCCAGAACGGCACCCCCAGCUGGGGGGGCUACCCCAGCAUCCACGCCGCCUACCAGCUCCCCAACAUGAUGAAGCUGUCUCUGGGCUCCGCGGGGAAGAGCGCGCCCCUGAAGCCCAUGUUUGGCAACAGUGACGUCGUGUCCCCCACGAAGAACCAGACCCUGAUCUCUCCGCCCAGCAGCCAGACCUCCCCCAUGCCCAAAACAAACUUUCACGCCAUGGAGGAGCUGGUGAAAAAAGUCACCGAGAAAGUUGCCAAAGUUGAGGAGAAAAUGAAGGAGCCCGAGGGCAAGCUUUCUCCGCCCAAGCGGGCCACCCCGUCCCCGUGCAGCAGCGACAUCAGUGAGCCCGUCAGGAUGGAGGCGUCCAGCGAUGGGGGCUUCAAAAGCCAGGAGGACAGCCCCAGCCCCCAGCGGGACGGCUGCAAGGAAGGGAGCCCCUCAGCAGAGCCGGUGGAGAACGGCAAGGACCUGGUGAAGCCCAUGAGCAGCGGCCUGAGCAGCAGCACGGCCAUCAUCACCGACCACCCGCCGGAGCAGCCCUUCGUUAACCCCCUGAGCGCCCUCCAGUCGGUCAUGAACAUCCACCUGGGCAAGGCUGCCAAGCCCUCCCUCCCUGCCCUCGACCCCAUGAGCAUGCUUUUCAAGAUGAGCAACAGCCUGGCCGAGAAGGCAGCGGUGGCCACCCCACCACCCCUGCAGUCCAAGAAGGUGGACCACCUCGACCGCUAUUUCUACCACGUCAACAACGACCAACCCAUAGACUUGACAAAAGGGAAGAGUGACAAAGGCUGCUCUUUGGGUUCAGUGCUUUUGUCGCCCACGUCCACAUCCCCAGCAACCUCCUCAUCCACGGUGACAACGGCAAAGACCUCUGCCGUCGUAUCGUUCAUGUCCAACUCGCCGCUCCGCGAGAACGCCUUGUCCGAUAUAUCCGAUAUGCUGAAGAACUUGACAGAGAGCCACACGUCCAAGUCCUCCACCCCUUCCAGCGUCUCCGAGAAGUCUGACAUUGACGGCGCCACCCUAGAGGAGGCCGAGGAGGUGACGCCUGCGCAAAAGAGGAAGGGCCGCCAAUCAAACUGGAACCCCCAGCACCUGCUGAUCCUCCAGGCCCAGUUUGCCGCCAGCCUCCGGCAAACCUCAGAGGGCAAGUAUAUCAUGUCGGACCUGAGCCCCCAGGAGCGCAUGCACAUCUCAAGGUUCACCGGGCUCUCCAUGACGACCAUCAGCCACUGGCUGGCCAACGUGAAGUACCAGCUGCGAAGGACAGGUGGAACAAAGUUCCUCAAAAACUUGGACACGGGUCACCCCGUGUUCUUUUGUAAUGACUGCGCGUCACAAAUCAGGACUCCCUCCACGUACAUCAGCCAUCUCGAGUCACACCUGGGCUUCCGGCUACGGGAUUUGUCCAAACUGUCCACCGAACAGAUUAACAAUCAGAUAGCACAAACCAAGUCACCGUCAGAAAAACUGGUGACGUCCUCCCCCGAGGAGGACCUGGGGACCUCCUACCAGUGCAAACUUUGCAAUCGGACCUUUGCGAGCAAGCAUGCGGUUAAACUUCACCUCAGCAAAACACACGGGAAAUCCCCAGAGGACCACCUUCUGUACGUUUCCGAGUUAGAGAAGCAGUAGCGUUUGCUUUCGAUGAAAACGACUGUGAUUUGCUUUGAGGGAAACUGUUGCAGGCACCUUAAGGCCCCUCUGUCUUGUUCUAGGCACAUGUUCUUAUUUUAACUGCAGAGAAUCACUCUGGGCUGGACUGUUUUGUAUAACUGUACAGUGUUUAAUAGAGGUGCAUACUCAGCUGUUGUCACUGGUAAAAUAUGAAAGUUAAAACGCAGUGGUAGGUGUUUGGAACUUUGUGUAAAUGGGAUUUAGUUGUGAGCAUCCCCCGAUGCUUCAAGCUGCAUGCAUUAACAGACAGUUUAAUUAAGCAUUUAUGACGAAACCGGCCACAUUUUUCCACGCGGCCGAGUGUGCUGGCAUUUUUCACCCUUUCAUCUUUAGCCCUCUGAGUACUUUGAAGCACUUUUGCAUUAAUUUGGUUAAAAAAUAAAAUAAAAUAAUGAUAAUGUAUGAAGCUCUGUUUUUUAAAUUCCUUACCAGCUUAGUUAUAAUUAAUAAUAUGAACCUCCAUUUAUGCAGGUCUGCAGGGGUAUAACACGCCUUGAAAUUUAAAAGAAUAUUAUUUUCACAUUGAAACAUAGAUGUAUAUAUUGUAUAGAUUUCAGACUCUCUUAUGAAAAAUGUGAUUGUGGGUAAAUGACCUUUUUUCCUGCAUUUAUAGCAACAGUGUUUUAUGUACCUGCUAUGCUCUGGGCAUAAGCCGUGCCUAUGUAUAGUGUAUAUUUCUUUUUCUUUUUUUUUAAGGUCUAUGGGUUUUGUUUUUUUACAUGCAAACAUUGUAAAUUAUACAGAAGAUACCACAGAUAACAUUUAUAAAGUAUACAGAAACAUUAUCUGAAAGCAAAGUAUGAUUGUUUGUUUUGCUAUACAGUACAUCUAUAUUGAUAGAGGUUCACGUUUAAAUUAUACAUAUUUAUUAGCAUCAUAUUAUCAUUUGUUUUGAGCAGUCUGAAUAAACGAGGCCAGGAAAUCCAUCCAUGGCAGGCAUCAUAACUAUUUUGCACAUGAUUUUUAAAGGUAUUUAUUAGAAAUCAAAAAAAAAAAAACGCUCAAAAUAAACUCAGUGCUCAAAGGGGUAAGUCUAUUUCAAAAGGAAAAAAAAAAAGAACAAAAAAAGAGAGAGAACUUGUACUGUAUUUCCUAAACAUUGAUAAAGCCUUUAAAAUGUUUGUACUGUAAUACUUUGCUUAAAAGUCACGAGGCAUUCUGUGAUACAACCUCUUUUACUUAUUUAUAAGCCCUCUUGGUUGCUAUUCCAUAUUGUAGGAUGCCUUUUUUAUUUCAAUUGGUAACUUUCUGUUUUGUUCUUCCUAAUUAUUCUCCCAAGAUCCCACACUGCAGCUUUAUCUUUAGGCUUAUGAAAGGUAACCCGUGGUUACCGGCUCUCCAAGUGAUUCUGUUCUUCUCCAUUUUUGGCAGUUAAUUUGCAGAAGUAACUGACAGCUGACACCAUAUGAGAACCUAUGUAUAAAAUAUUGGCAUGUAAACAGCACAGACACUCUGUGCCCUGUUUUGUUGUUGACAAUGAACCACCAUUAUGUGACUCUUCAUAUAACCCUCUUUUCUACGGCAGCAUUAAAAUUGUCUUUUUGCUAUAAUUUUGUGUUGCGUUCA